ACGCAUCUCUGUUUUACUUUUAGCGUGUCUUGCUUCCCUUUGUCGUCUUGGAAACCCUUUUUCCUGAUUUGCUCGCCUUCUUUCAAAGAAGAGAAGGCCCUAAAAGGAGGAAUUUUUAGACCGACGCGCCGAUCUCGUCCCCUUCGCCUCGCGAUUUCUCGAGGCAGCUGGAUCAACAUGUCGUCCCCCAGCAAGCGCCGCGAGAUGGACCUGAUGAAACUGAUGAUGAGUGACUAUAAGGUGGAGAUGUUGAACGAUGGGAUUCAGGAAUUCUUAGUGGAUUUCCAUGGCCCCAACGAAAGCCUUUAUCAAGGAGGUGUUUGGAGGGUAAGGGUGGAAUUACCAGAUGCUUAUCCUUACAAAUCUCCGUCCAUUGGAUUUAUCAAUAAGAUGUAUCAUCCUAAUGUAGAUGAGAUGUCUGGUUCAGUUUGUUUGGAUGUAAUCAACCAAACUUGGAGUCCCAUGUUUGACCCAUUAAAUGGGGAGGCUGCAGCAUUAAUGAUGCGUGAUCGACCUGCUUAUGAGCAGAAAGUGAAAGGCCUUUUACCCCUCAUGCCGUCAACUCUAAUCUAUUUAACUCAUUGUCAACAUCAAGUUGUGUCUCCCAAAUAUUUGAGAUCAGGUACAUGAAUCUUAUUACUCCAUUAGACAGUUUAUCAAUAGUAUCACACUAGUGGUAUCUGAAUUUUUAAAAUAAUUUUUCUUUAUGUUUACGAGAAUUUUGUUUGAUUUCUCUCUUUACACUUCACAUAUUCUACUAUAAUCUAUUGACUUGUAGUAAAAGAAUUUAUUAGUCAUCUUUGACAUAUUUUCUCUCAAUUAAUCAUGCAUUAGAGCAACACCUAAUAGUAUGUUUUUUAUUGCAACUUCUUUAGUAACUCUAAAAAUCCAUUGUUGUCUCUGUUAUACUAUUGUGCAUGUUUCUAAAAGUCCAUUACUUGACAAAAUACAGAUGGUCAUAUAGUCUUACUCUUAUCUGUUUUAUUUUAGUUUAAAGGACACAUGUCAAUCACACAUCGUCAGUUUGCUUUCAGUCUAUCAUUUUCCUUGCUAAUUAUCGCAUAGGACCACUAAAACAUCAAAAUCAGUUAGACUUGGCUCAGGAACAAAUUCAAUCGAUAAAUAAUUUAUAUUUUUUAAUUUUUUCAAGUUGAUAUUAGGUAUCUAGCAUACGUCGACUAAUCCUAGGAGUGAUUUGCCCGACUCACAAAAAUUUUUCAAUGGCUAUCAGAAUAAAUCGGGAAGUGCUCGCAGCGGACAACCCAUUAAUCUAACGUUUUUAGGUCAAUCGGCCAAAAGAAAAAUCUAUCCAUUAAUUUGUCGAAACUGGGACUCGAUCCUUAGAUGUUUGGGAAAUUGAGAAAACGUUCUGUCACUUACAAUUGCCGACAAAUAAUUCAAUCAUUGGAGUAAAGGUGAAACCAUCACUUUAGCGGUCUUUCCAAGGCAAUCUCACACUCUCUGGAAUGAGAUAAAUCAUAGGGAACAUUUAUCCUAGCACAACGAUCCUUUGUAUGGGAGGUCAGACACCUAGCAAGGCAUUUUGUAUCCAUUAAGAAUUGCCCCCAAGAUCUAUUAGAGCAACUAUUCAUAUAAAUACCAAUUGCGUCAAUCUGUGGGGGUAACGUAAAAAAAAAAGAUAAAUCCAGUUAGUCUCAUCGACUUGCCCUGGGUUGAUUGGCCCAGUCCUACGGAGUUUUUCCACCGGCUAUUAGGUAAAUCGGGAAGCACUUGUGACAGGCGACCAAAAAGCCCAGCAUCUUUUGGUUACGCCUCAUUUGGAGGAAAUUUUUUUACAAAUUCAUCAUAGUUGGGGAUUGAACUGUGGAUGUUUGGAUAACAAUCCGAAUAAUUACUUGGGGGUAAAGUAGAUGACACGACUCUUGUUUCAUUACAAUUAUU